ACAUGCCACCAGAGGCUUUAAAAAGCCUAAAAUCGUAUGAACCUACCAGAGCCUUUGAUAUCUACAGUUUUGGGAUACUCCUUUGGUCCAUUGUCACAGGGAAACAACCAUAUGAAAAUAAAGAGCCCAUCUUAGUGAUGCUUCGCAUCCUGGAGGGAGACCGCCCACUGCUGGAUGAUAUCAAGGGCGAUACUGAGGGGUUGAGAGAGUUGACAGGACUGAUGAAGAGAUGCUGGGACAAUGAUCCUGAACGAAGGCCCAGAGCCCUUAAGUGUACAACUGAGACAGAACAUCUGUUCAAGAUGCACAAACAUGAACUCACUGACGCUGUCUAUGAAGUGCUGAAGAAACUGGACCAAAAGGAAGAAGAAGGCAUGGCAGCAGGAGAGCAGGUUCAGAGAGGUCAAAUCCCUGAGGCUCCAGUGGAGGGGAUCCAACAGGCCCUGAGAGGAUUGAAUCUGCCUGCUGUGGACCCUCUCAGGUAUGAACACACAACAAGAGCUCAAACUCUGCUGGUGCCUCUAAUUUCUUGUCCUUCAGCUGAAGAACUUCUUAUUUCUGUUCAGAGGAGAGAGUAGGCCUGAGUUAGGAAACACAUACACAAGUUAGAAUGGAAAGAUCAAAAAUCAUUCUCAUGUUAGUCCUGUUAGCAGCAUGGCUCUAGAGAUAGUUAUGUUGGUCCACCUCUUUGUUCCAGUCUGAAAUAUCUCAACAACUACUAAAUGUGUUGAGAUAAUAUCUUGUUCUGACAUUUAUUCCCCAG